AUGAAUAAUAAAUUCAUCAUAUUCUCAUUGUUGCUUGCUUUAGUAGCAAGUCAAACAUACAGUUUAACAUCAUGCACAUGUGCAUAAUUGUUAUCAGAAGGAGAUUGCAUCAAAAAUGUUUCACUUGGAUGUUCAUGGGAUACAACAAAGAAAACUUGUGGAGUUUCAACAACUCCUGUCACUCCAACAGUGACUUAUGCAGCAUAUUGUGAUACAUUUGCUGAAACUGAUUGUCCAAAAGCUAAACCAUGUACUGAUUGUGGUAACUACGCCGCUUGUGCUUGGGUUGAAAGCAAAUGUACAUUCUUUACAGGAUGUACACCUUUUGCUAAAACACUUGAUUCUGAAUGUUAAGCAAUCAGUAAUAGAUGUAUCACCGAUGGAACUCAUUGUGUUGAAGUUGAUGCUUGUAGUACUUACAAAAAGUAACUUCCAUGUGUCAAAAAUGCUGCCGGAAGCUUAUGCUAUUGGGAUACAACAAAUAACACUUGUGUUGAUGCCAACACUUGUGAUAAAUUACCAGCAACAUUCGCAACAGACAAAGAUUGCAGAGAUGUGAUUUCAACUUGUACAACAAAAACCGGAGGUGGAUGUGUUGAUAGUGGAAAUAACUGCAGCGAUUAAACAUUAGAAAUUCAAUGUGUUUGGAAUAAAUUAAAAACAACUUCUUGCUAUUGGGAUGGAGCUGCAUGCAAAGAUAGAAUUUGUGAUAAUGCCCCAACAAGUUUGACAACUGAUGAUGCUUGUAAGACAUUUAGAACUGAUGGAACAUGCACAACAAAAGCUAAUGGAGGUUGUGUAACUAGAACUACAUGUGCUGCUGCAACAAUUUAAGCAUCAUGUAUCAAAAAUAGUUCAGGUGGUGAUUGUUAUUGGACAGGAACUGCCUGUGUCGAUAAGACAUGUGCAAAUGCUCCAACUACCAUGACAACUAAUUCAGCAUGUGCAGGAUUUGUUACAGGAUGUAUCACUAAAUCUGGUGGUGGUUGUGUUGCUAAUGGAGCUUGUUCAGUUGCUAAUGUUCAAGCAGCUUGUGUUAAAAAUUCAAGUAAUUUUGAUUGCAUUUGGGAUACAACUUGUAAAGAAAAAACAUGUGCCAAUGCCCCUACAACUAAUAACACUCAUGAUUUAUGUACAUCUUAUUUAUCUACUUGUACCGUUAAGUCAGGUGGUGGAUGUUAAAAUAGAACAUGUGCCAAUGCUCCAACAACAAUGACUACUAAUGAUGCAUGUGAAGCUUAUCUCACUGGAAAUAAUUGUAUAACAAAAUCAGGAGGUGGAUGUGUUACAAAUACAACAUGUGCUGCAAUAACUUUAGAAGCUGCUUGUGUUAAGAAUUCUUCUGGAUCAACUUGUUUCUGGGAUACUGCAAGUUCAAGCUGUAAAGAUAAAACAUGUGUGAAUGCUCCAGCAACUAACACUACUCAUGAUCUCUGCUAAGCCUUCUUAAAUACCUGUACAGUAAAUUCAACAAGCGCAGGAUGUGUUGAAAAAACAUGUGAAAAUUCAUUGGUUUUGGCUAUUUGUGAUAAAGAUACAAGUAGUAGAGCAUGCAUUUGGAAAGGAAAAUGCUAUAAGAAAUAAUGUGUGUUAGCUUCAUCUGCCACAACUACUCAUGCUGACUGUUAAACUUAUCACUCUACAUGUACCUUGAGCAAUUCAGGAACUGGAUGUGUUCCACUCCCCCUUAAAUGUGAAGCUAUCACUAUUGAAGCUGCUUGCAAUUUGAAAGCUAAUGGUUAACCAUGUGGAUGGAAUGGAUCUUAAUGUAUUGAUAAAGCUUGCUCAACUGCCUCUAAGACAUUCACUACAACUUCAUAAUGCACAGGACACAUAUCAACUUGUGUUGCAAAUAAUCCUGUAACUGUUAAUGGUUCUUUGACAAUUUAAGGAUGUUAAGAUUUACCAACAACAUGCGCAGCUAGAAAAUCAUCAGAAAAUUGUGAAAUCACAAGAGUUGGAUUCCCAACAUGUUUAUGGGUCUCAUCUUCUACUUCAUGUGUUGAAAAAUCAUGCGCUACUGCUAGUACAGUGGGAACAACAGGUGCACUCUCUGCAGGAGGAUUUACUUUUUCUGGUUGUUAAACUUAUUUAAAUACUUGUAUUUCAAAUAAUACUGCUGAUGGGUGCAUAGCUAAACCAUCUAGUUGUUCAUCAUUAGUUUCAUCCAAUUGUAGAGAUGGAUCUAAGGCAAGUGGAGAUUGUUAUUGGAAUGGAAGUAGUUGUGUUGAUAAGACUUGUGCAAACAUUAUUCAAACAACUCAUAAUAGUUGUAAUACUACAUUCAAUUAAUGCACAGUGAAUAAUGGAGGAACAGCAUGUUAAACAUUGGCAACUGCCUGCACAUCUUAUUCAACAUAAGAAAAUUGUAAAUUCACAUCAACAAAUAAGAAUUGUGUUUGGACUGGAUUAGCUUGUAGAAAUGCCACUUGCGCUGAUGCUCCCGAUACUACCGCUUAUGAUAGUGAUACAGAAUGCUUAGCUUACCCAACACCAAGCGAAACCUGUACAGUUGUCUACAAAGUUGGAGCUUAAGGAUGUGUAUCAAAAUCAGCAAAUUGUUCAGAUUAUAUGACAUCAGCUUAAUGCCAUAAAACUCUCACAAAUCUAACAGCAAAUGAUGAUUGUAAGUGGAUUGUUGAUAGAUGUUAUGCAUUGUCCUCUUUUGCUACAGGAGCUUGCACAACUUUCAAAGGUACUAAAACAAUGUGUGAAGGAUAUAGAGCAGGAUGUACAAACACUGUAGGUGCAGCAUCUUCAGCUUCUUGUACUUUAGAUUGUACUUUAAAAACAGGAUCAAGUUUGACAUUUGCAGAUUGCUAAGCAUUAGAUUCUACAUGUUCAGUCAAAAAAGAUGGCACUGGUUGUAUUGCUAUCUAAUCUACUUGUGCUGGGUACGGAUCUACAGCAGCUAAUUGUUUCAGAUCAAGUGCAAGUGGAACUGCAGGAUACUGUGCAAUGAACACAAAUUGCCAAUCAGUGACUUCAGCCUCUGAAUGUGCAUUAGUGACUGGAUUAACAGGUUUGGAUCAUUCUAAAUGUUAGCUAUAUCACUCUUCUUGCACAUCCUUAAAAAAUGGUACCGGAUGUUAGGAGUAUAAGACAGUAUGUUCGGGUUAUACAGCUGAUAAUAAUUGUUCUGGUUCAGGAUAAGGAAAAUGUUUCUGGAAUGGAAGUAGUUGUAAUCGGUUUACUAGUUGCUCCUCAAUCACAGGAACAGGAUUAACUGAUGCAAUUUGCGCUGCUAAAAAUGCUGCUUGUUUUGCUAAUGCAACAGGAACUGCUUGUUAUGCAAAAGCUGCCACCUGUGCUGGAUAUACAGUAUCAGCAAAUUGUAUGGUUACUAAUGCAGGAACACCAGUAUAGUGUGUAUGGUCAGGUACUGCAUGUGCUGAUUUAGCAACUCCUGCUACAUAAUGCUAAUUAGUGACAGGAACAGGAUUAACUGAUGCAAUUUGCGCUGCUAAAAAUGCUGCUUGUUUUGCUAAUGCAACAGGAACUGCUUGUUAUGCAAAAGCUGCCACCUGUGCUGGAUAUACAGUAUCAGCAAAUUGUAUGGUUACUAAUGCAGGAACACCAGUAUAGUGUGUAUGGUCAGGUACUGCAUGUGCUGAUUUAGCAACUCCUGCUACAUAAUGCUAAUUAGUGACAGGAACAGGAUUAACUGAUGCAAUUUGCGCUGCUAAAAAUGCUGCUUGUUUUGCUAAUGCAACAGGAACUGCUUGUUAUGCAAAAGCUGCCACCUGUGCUGGAUAUACAGUAUCAGCAAAUUGUAUGGUUACUAAUGCAGGAACACCAGUAUAGUGUGUAUGGUCAGGUACUGCAUGUGCUGAUUUAGCAACUCCUGCUACAUAAUGCUAAUUAGUGACAGGAACAGGAUUAACUGAUGCAAUUUGCGCUGCUAAAAAUGCUGCUUGUUUUGCUAAUGCAACAGGAACUGCUUGUUAUGUAAAAGCUGCCACCUGUGCUGAAUAUACAGUAUCAGCAAAUUGUAUGGUUACUAAUGCAGGAACACCAGUAUAGUGUGUAUGGUCAGGUACUGCAUGUGCUGAUUUAGCAACUCCUGCUACAUAAUGCUAAUUAGUGACAGGAACAGGAUUAACUGAUGCAAUUUGCGCUGCUAAAAAUGCUGCUUGUUUUGCUAAUGCAACAGGAACUGCUUGUUAUGCAAAAGCUGCCACCUGUGCUGAAUAUACAGUAUCAGCAAAUUGUAUGGUUACUAAUGCAGGAACACCAGUAUAGUGUGUAUGGUCAGGUACUGCAUGUGCUGAUUUAGCAACUCCUGCUACAUAAUGCUAAUUAGUGACAGGAACAGGAUUAACUGAUGCAAUUUGCGCUGCUAAAAAUGCUGCUUGUUUUGCUAAUGCAACAGGAACUGCUUGUUAUGCAAAAGCUGCCACCUGUGCUGAAUAUACAGUAUCAGCAAAUUGUAUGGUUACUAAUGCAGGAACACCAGUAUAGUGUGUAUGGUCAGGUACUGCAUGUGCUGAUUUAGCAACUCCUGCUACAUAAUGCUAAUUAGUGACAGGAACAGGAUUAACUGAUGCAAUUUGCGCUGCUAAAAAUGCUGCUUGUUUUGCUAAUGCAACAGGAACUGCUUGUUAUGCAAAAGCUGCCACCUGUGCUGGAUAUACAGUAUCAGCAAAUUGUAUGGUUACUAAUGCAGGAACACCAGUAUAGUGUGUAUGGUCAGGUACUGCAUGUGCUGAUUUAGCAACUCCUGCUACAUAAUGCUAAUUAGUGACAGGAACAGGAUUAACUGAUGCAAUUUGUGCUGCUAAAAAUGCUGCUUGUUUUGCUAAUGCAACAGGAACUGCUUGUUAUGCAAAAGCUGCCACCUGUGCUGAAUAUACAGUAUCAGCAAAUUGUAUGGUUACUAAUGCAGGAACACCAGUAAAUUGUUUUUGGAAUUCAGCAGCAACUAGCCCUGAGGCAUCUUGUCAAUAAUUAUCAGGUCCCUAAUGUAGUUCAAUAACUGGAUCAGGGCUUGAUCACACUCAAUGUUAAGACUACAGCGCAAAUUGUACAUCAGUGUCUGAUGGGUCAGCAUGUUAAGAUUUAAAACUUACAUGCGAAUAAUAUCCAGGGACAACUCUAGGUUGCACAAAAACUGCUACUUCAAAAUGUUAUUUAUAAGGUUCUGCUUGCAUUACAAUAUCAAAUGUUGCAACUGAUUGCGCUAAAAUUACUGGAUCUGCUGGAACUAUAACAUAUGAAAUUUGCUAAUCGUAUAAUACAGGUUGUAGCGUAAAUAGAGCAAGAAGUGCUUGUGUCUAAUAAUAAGCAUAAUGUUCAGGAUAUACAAGUGCAAUGACAAGUUGUUAUAAAUCAGGAGCUGGUUUAUGUAUUGCAAGUACAAAUACAGAUACUGCUUGUGUAGCUGCAACAGCUGCAACAGCUUGCGAUGCUGUGUAUUUAGGAGCAGGAAAUUACAGCAGUGCCAAUUGUAAUGAAAUGAAGGCUGGAUGUACAAAUAAUGGAACAACUGCAUGCGUAGCAAAAACUUGUGCAAAUGCUGUGGUUACAUUUAAUCAUACAAAUUGUUAUAGUUAUCUCAACACCUGUACUGUAAAUUCUGGAAACAGUGCAUGCUAAACUAUGGCAUCUAAAUGUGCAGAUUAAACUUAAGCUUCUUGUCUUUACUCAGUUGAAGGAGAAUGUGUAGUAGUAGGUACUUCUUGCGUAAGAAAGACUUGUGAUACAGCAGCAACCGAUAAUACUCGGGAUGAUGACACUGAAUGUUCAGCUUAUUAACAAUCUUGUACUGUUGCUAGAUUAGGAGGUUGCCAAGCCAGAGCAGCUUGUGCUUCUUACAAAUCAUCACUCUAAUGUAAAUUUAAUACUAGUGGCGGAAAAUGUUUCUGGAAUCCAACUAAUAAGACAUGUGUUGAUUUGAAUUGUGGCAAUAUCGAAGCCACAACUUUAUAUGAUACUCAUAAUGAAUGUGUUGCCGUUGAUGCAACCCUUGCUUGCACAGUUAGAGCUACAAAUGGAGCAGCCGCUUAAGGGUGUAUGGCUAGAGGAGCAUGUGCUUCUUAUACAAUUGAAGAACAAUGUAAAACUAACGCAAGUAAUGGUGUUUGUGUUUGGAAUACAAAUGCUAAUUUGCCAGCACCUGCUUGCUAAGAUAAGUCUUGUACCAGUGCUCCAACAUCCACUACAACUCAUAAUGAUUGCUAUGCUUACUACAAUACUGCAACAGUAAAAUGUACUGUUGUUGCCACUCCAAGCAAUAGUGGUGGUAAUCCAACUUUAGGAGGAUGUUAACAAACUGCUGCUUGUUCAAGUUAUAUUGAUAAAGAAUAAUGUUAAAUCAACGCCAAUGGUGAUCCAUGUGGAUGGAAUGGAACAUAAUGUGCUGACAAAUCUUGUGCUACUGCUCCUGCAACUGCAGAUUAUGAUGAUGAUACAAAAUGUAGAGCUUACAUCACUAAUAAAUGUACAGUCUCAGAUUCUGGAUAAGGAUGUGUAGAAAUUCCUGCAACAUGUGAAACUAUGACAUAGAAGUAAUGUUAUUAUAAUAAGGCUGGAGAUCCUUGUUAUUGGACAGGAACAGCUUGUAUUACAAAAUCAUGUGACAAUGCUCCUGAUGCAACUGCUACUGCUGAUGAAUGUAAUACCUAUUUAGCUGGAUGCACUUUAGAUAAUGUUAAAUGUAAAACUAAAGUUUGUGAAGAUUUUGCCUUUGCUACUGAUGCUUUAUGCAAACAAGCUAUCUCUACCUGCACAACAAAUGGAACAAAUUGUGUUACAAGAGGAACAUGCUUCUAAGCCUUAAGUCAAGCUGGAUGUGUCACAUCCUCGACAAAUUAAUAAUGUGAAUGGAUACCAGCUGUUUUAAAUGCUUCAAAUGUAAUCACUUCACCUGCUUAUUGUACAAUUAAAAAUUGUAGCACUGCUCCAAUUACUUUAACAAGUGAAGCUGCUUGCGCUGGAUAUUUUACAAAUUGUACAACAAAGAAUGGUGGAGGAUGCGUUACUAAAUCAACUUGCUCAGCUGUCACUAUUGAUGUAGCUUGCACAACUGCUUUGAAUGGUACUGUAUGUGCUUGGGAUAGUGCAUAAAAUAAAUGCAGAGAUAAAGAUUGCUAAGAUUUCAGUGGAACUACUCAUGCUGCAUGUUAGGCUUAAAGAGCUGGAUGUACAGCUGGAGCUAGUGGAAAAUGUGCUAGAGUAUAAAAUUGUGAAUAAACUUCAGUAAGAGCAGCUUGCAUAGAAGGAACAAAUGGACCAUGCUUGUGGAUUGAUAAAUAUCUAAAUACUGAUGGAACUUAAGGGGCUUGUUUCAGAUAUACAUCAUGCAAGAGUUUAAAUUGGAAUAAUGAUAAUUCAUGCAAAUGGAUAAGUAAUAAAUGCACAACUAAUGGUUCAAAUUGUGUUGGAAUUACUUUAUGUUCAGAAACUAACACUGAUGGAGGUUGUGUCACUGGGUAUGACGGAGCUUGUAUUCAAUCAGUACCAGCCUUGAAUUCUUCAGAUCCAAAAGUAUGUAAACCUUACACCUCAUGUGCUGAUGCUUUCUACACAACUCAUUCAGAUUGUUAAAUUGCUAGUAGCAAGUGCACAACAAAUGGAACAACUGGCUGCAUAGCUUUAGGAUCAUGCUCAUCAUAUACUGCUUAGGCUGGAUGUUACUUCAACGAUAAGGGAACUCUAUAUACAUCUGGAGUUAUUACAUCCACUGGUAUUUGUACAUGGGAUACUACAUCAAGUAGUUGCAGAGAUUAAUCUUGUGCUGAUUUGACAGGCACAACUCAUGCAACAUGUUCUUCAUAAUUAUCAACCUGCACAUCAGAUGGAACUACUUGUUUACUUAAAGGAGCCUGUACAUCUUACACAACUUAAACUGCUUGCACAACAGCAGUUGGAUCUGAUGGAGCAUGCUACUGGGAAUUAGCAUCUGCUACAAAUAAUAAUACUGCAAAAUGUAGAUUACUUACUUGUGCUGAUAUUCAAAAUGGAACAGCAACUAACGUUUGUUCUGUAGCCUUGUCAACUUGUGUUUCAAAUGGAACUGCAUGCAUUCCAAAAGCCAAUUGCUCAACAUAUACAUCUAAGAUAGCAUGUAAUUCAGGAGGUUUGGAUGGAAUUUGUGUAUUCACUUAAUCAACAGCAACUGGAGCUGCUGCUGGAACUGGAACUUGUGCAUUAAUGACUGCAUGUACAGUUGCUAAUAAUGAUUAAACAGCCUGCUAAGCUGCCAGAGAUAGAUGCUCUUGGACUGCUGCUUCAGGAACUGGAGCAACCGCAGUUGCUAGUAAAUGUGCUACUCAUACUUGUGCUACAAAUUAAGCUACCAACGGAGCUUGUACAAGAUUCUUAAAUUGGGAUAAAAAGACUUAAUAGGUUUGUACUCUAGUAAGCGGAGCCUGCACAGCAACAGAUCCAUCAACAUUGUCUUCAAACGAUUGCUUCUUAGUUUCUGGAUAUACAUAUACUUGGAAUGCAUCAACAAGCAAAUGCGGAGUUUGCACAGCAGUUGUAGUUUAACCAAAUACCACAGACAAUAAUACCAACACUACAAAUAAUAACACAACAACAGACUCAGGAUACAUUCUUGGAUUGUCUAUCGUUUUAGGAUAUCUUAUGUUCUGAUGAGAAUGAUUUUUAAAUAUAUAUAGGGAAAAUUUUAUAAAAUACACAAAAAAAU